AUGGAGGCCAUACACAUCGAGGUCCUCCUCCCGGCCUUCGUGGUCGGCUGCGUGAUCGACACGCCCGGCGCCCGGCACGAGCUGCAGCUCCAGAGGCAGGCAGCCGAGAAGCGCCGGGAGCCCAAGCAGCGCCGGACGCCCGCUCCCGCCGAGGGCUCGUGGGCGCGCCCGCCUCCUGGCCAGCAGGCUGGCGCGCUCCGCCGCGAGGGUGCUGGCGGCGAAGGCCGCAGGAAGGACCUGACGUCCUUCGAGCAGAUGGCCGCCGUGUGCCCGCCGGGCUGGGUAGAGGACGAGGCGGCGGCGAUGGAGCUCGGGGGUCGGAUGGCGAACGGGCAGGUCGCGGACGAUGCUCGAGAAGGCUCGGGCGACGUCGGGUGCCCGUCCGAGGCACGUCUGCCGGAGGAUGAUCGGAAGUCGAGUCACUCGGGAGAUGCCGGGCUCUCGAGGCGUGGCCAUACCAAGGACGAGUCACACCCGCACGAGAGCGACUGGGAGCAGAAUGUCCAGACGGGCAUCUCGAUGGUCUUCAUGGUGCUCGUCGGGCUCUCGAUGCCACCGCUCCUUGGGGAGAAUGCAAAGGGCAGCUAUGAUAUGGCCCCAAGCACGAUCGCAGCACACGUGGUCAUGGUGUCGCUGCUGAUGGUUCUCGGGAAGAUGUUCCCAGCCGUGUGCUAUCGCGACGAGGCCUCGUGGAGGGAGCGAGUCGCGCUCUGCAUGGGCAUGUGCCCGCGAGGGGAGGUUGGAGCAAGCGUCAUUGUGAUCUCGCUCGAGCUCGGCGUGGAGGGCCCCGCAGUCAUCAUCUCGGUGUGUGCUCUAGUGAUCAACUUGGUGCUCUCGGGCGGCUUCAUUGGCUCGGUCAAGCUCCUGCUGAAGCAAGGUGCCGCGGCGGCAAGCCAUUAG